UAGGUCCGUUCCCUCGCGCACAUCGUCGCGCACUAGCGUCGGCUCAGUCCGAUAUUGACGUUCGUACGAGGCGCUUUAUUCACUGAGCCACCGCUCACGGUGCGAAAUUUUACGCGGGCUUCUGGUCUGCGUUUUCUCGCAUUUCUGCGGAAACGAAGAGUUAGAGCAACGAGAUACAAACGAGGAAACAGGAAACGGAUACUGGGCACGACGCGGUGGAGUGAGGAGUGGUAUACAUGGGUACCAAAGGUCUCAGAAGUCUUGCUCUUCAACGACACACGCGUGUCCGCAACGACGUUAGUCCGACCCGUCCGAAGAUUGCCAAGUUUAAAUAAAUAAACUGGCAGAUAAUAUAUUCUCUGAUACCAAAUUUGAAACAACGAUAACGACGACGACGACGACGACAACGGCGGCGGUGGCGGCGACGACGACAACGACGAGAGGGGCAACAUUGACGUCGGCGAUCACGUCUUCCUCGUGCGCAGAGUUGGGCCGAGGGAGACCAACUAUGAUUCUGGACUCAUGACUUCCACUCACAUCGACUCGCAAACGGCAGCGACUUAAAGGAAUCUGACUUAUGAAACGAGAACGAAACGAGAAGACUGCUGACGCUGAUUUCGACCGAAACUGAAGAGGCAUCGAAGAGAGUUUAAGGGCUGACCCAGAGAACCAUCCUCUGUGAAAAUCGAGCUACUUUAAAUCCCAAACGUCGUAUCACCGCUGCUUCGAGAAGCCAAAAAUUAGAACCCUCUCGUCUCUCUUUCUUUGAUCCCUUUCUCUCUCUUUAUCCCUCUUUCGCUCUUUUCUCUCCUUCUCUCUAACGCUCUCCCUCAUUUCGGUGUCUCACUUCCGCGCGGAGGAUCGAUCGAUAUUUCGUCCCGACGGUAGCUAUUAACGACACGCGUACUUUCAUUCGCUCCCUCUCUCACUCCGUUUUUCACGGUACGAUUGCUUCCAAACGUAACGUUAGGUGCGCCAACCCCCUUUGCAACCAACCGGUCGCUUCUUCCAUCAAUGUCAGACAGCGCGAGUUGAAAUCCCGCGUAUCCCUCAACCUCGUCGGUAUCCUUUGACAGCGAGGACUGUGGCACGUGACCCGUUGGUUCCCUCGUAACGUCGUUCGUCAGCCGGCGCUCGAUUUUUAUCGGGUCGCCUACGUGCCACCCACUCCAUUUCGCGGAAUAGGUCCUACCCUAUGACGUAUCCUUCCUCGUACUUCGCGUCCUUGCCAUCCUGCCUGUUUCUACGCGGUCGCGUAUGCGUCCGCAAACAGUCAAUAAGGAGUACUAUCGGGGCACACACGUAUCAAAAAGGAACGAACGGAACUCGGAUAAGAAACCAUUCCUUUCGUCUCCGAGAAGGGGUGUAUGCGUAAUAUUAAGAAACAAAUUGUUGCUGGUUACUUCUCGAGGAGGGAGAGACCGAUCUCAGUAUUUUUUCGGACGCCAUAGUGCGGACGCUGGUUAACAUUACGAAUAAAUAGUGAAGAGAUAACUACUGUUGAUACUGUUGUUAUUAUUGUUAUAUUAACUUUAUUGUUAUCCCCGUUAUUGCUGUACGUCCGCUGCUCAUCCGCUCCCGCUGAAGUCGAUGAACAGCGUGGCGGUGAUAGUGGUAGUGGUAUAUCAGUGAGGGGUACGUGAGCCCGCGGACGGUGUUAGAUAAGCGUGUUUCUGCCAAAUCGUGCGGAGAAGGAGAGAAAGCGAAGAGAAGGGGAUCGGGAUUCUUUAACCCUAGGUUUCGCGCGAAGAUCCAAACAGUGAGAUCGGCAUCCGUGUGUACGCGAGGAAAAGGAAAUAAACAGGCGGCAGGAAGUGGAGAAGUACGUUGGGGUGAGCUUGGCAAACAAACACAAAGAGUGUACUAAAGAUCUCAAUUAAGUACACCACCCGCCGGGAGGAGUGAUCGAUUCAUUGUGUACCUAUCGAGACCCACAGGAGAAUGGUAGUCGAGACCGGAAGAAAUGGGCACGAGCUGGCUCCCUUGAACAACCACCGCCAACCCGGCCACAACGUGACGAUCGUGGCGACAGCAAGUCAAAAUGUUGGUCAGGAUACGAAGGAGGAGAACAGGGCGGCGUGGAGCGGAAAAAUGCAAUUUUUUCUCAGUAUUAUUGGAUACAGCGUCGGUCUGGGCAAUAUCUGGAGGUUUCCUUAUCUGUGCCAACAGAACGGAGGUGGUGCCUUCCUCAUUCCCUUUUUCGUGAUGCUCAUCCUGGAGGGUGUACCCCUCUUCCUGAUCGAGUUGGGUCUCGGACAACGUAUGCGGCAGGGUGCCCUGGGAGUAUGGAACACAAUACACCCUUGGCUAGGCGGUAUAGGGAUCGCGUCGUGUAUAGUGACGUUUUUCGUUUCGCUUUACUACAACGUAAUUAUUACCUGGUGCGUCUACUACCUCUUCAACUCGGUCGAGGCUAUCACGAUCAAAUUUGGCGAAUCACUGCCGUGGGCAAAAUGCCCGGUAUUGGACGAGAAACCGGUCGAGGAAUGUGUCAGAAGUUCGGAGACCGCGUAUUUUUGGUACAGGACUACUUUGGAUGCAGCACCAUCCAUUGAGGAUGGCCAAGGUCUCAAAUGGUGGAUCGUACUUUGUCUUUUGCUCAGCUGGGUUGUCGUGUUUUUCAUCGUUAUGAAAGGAAUACAGUCGUCCGGCAAAGUAGUAUACUUUACGUCGAUGUUCCCGUAUCUCGUACUAACUAUCUUUUUCAUCCGCGGGAUAACAUUGAGAGGUGCAAGCGCCGGACUGGCGCACAUGUACACGCCAAAGGUCGAGAAAUUGUUGGAGCCCACGGUCUGGCUUGACGCGGCGACCCAGGUCUUCUAUAGUUUCGGGCUGGCGUUCGGCUCCCUGAUAGCAUUUGGCAGCUACAAUACUCCUGACAACCACUGCGUGAGGGACGUGAUCCUGGUGAGCGUGUGCAACGCGUUUACUGCCAUUUACGCGAGCGUUGUCAUUUUCGCCAUUUUGGGGUUCAAGGCAAUGUCAAACGUGGACAAGUGCGUCGACAGUGCGAGGGAUACCCUGAUACAAAAUGGGCUAUUGGCUAAUUCGACCUCAUUCAGCCUCGAGGACUACGAACUCUUUAUGAGCAACUCCUACAACUCUUCAAUGAACCUCACAAUGAAAUCAUGCAGUCUCAGCAAGGAAUUGGACAACGCUGCCGAGGGCACCGGACUCGCUUUUAUCAUCUUUACACAAGCAAUCGUGGAAUUGCCGGGUGCUCCAUUUUGGUCUUGCAUCUUCUUCAUGAUGCUUCUUGCCCUCGGCUUGGGUUCACAAAUCGGACUACUCGAGGGUAUGCUCUGCGUAAUUUUCGAAAUAGAUCUCUUCAAGAGAAUAAAGAAGCAAUAUAUGACAGGAGUUGUUUGCGUUGUAUGCUUCUUCGUUGGGCUCAUCUUCUGUACUGGUGCCGGAGAAUAUUGGCUGAAGAUGUUUGAUAGUUUUGCCGGCACCAUCGGUCUCGUUAUAGUCGCCCUAAUGGAAAUGAUCUCUGUGAUUUUCGUGUACGGUCACGAAAAAUUUACGAAGGACAUCGAAGAGAUGACCGGAUAUAAACCUGGAGCUUAUUGGCAAGUCACGUGGCGGUUUCUCGCUCCCAUAAUAAUGCUUUGCAUCCUUGUGUUUAGCAUCAUUUCCAUGUUCAUCAAGAAACCACAAUAUUCAGCAUGGAAUGCGGCAACGGGUGAGGCAGUGCCCACGAGUUAUCCUGGCUGGGUGCUGGGCAUCGCCGUCAUCAUCAUUUUGGCAGGAAUCGCUCCGAUUCCGAUCGUUUUCCUUUUACGACGAUUCCAGUUAGUGAAACUCGACGUGGAUAUACACCAAGGAAGUAUUCGACGUAUCGAUACCACCGUUUCUACCAAGGAAAUGAUGGGCGAUGUUGACCUUGACGAAUAUCACGAUCGACUCGAGGACUUCCCGGAAGAAGAUGAAGACAUUAAUAGCGAUGAUGAUAUGAAUACCGCACCUACUAUGAAUAAAAUAGCAAACAAAGCGAUGAAGGGCAGAGCCUUCAAGAUGGAAGUGAUGAACUUUUAA